AUGACAUUUUCUAGUGUUGUCAUCGCCUUCCGUCCUGUAUUUUUUGCAUCAAGUGUCACGGUUUCAACUUGGUGAUUGUUUAUAUUAUGGAGAUGAACAAAAUCAGUGGGGAAAACAGUCCAAAUUUCAAUGCGAAGGUAGAGGUAAAAAUGGAGUGUCCAAAGAGAGUCCUGCAUUUUAGCGAUGGGACCCUGGAGGAAUUCGACAACAGUGACGAUAACGUGGAGUGCGAACAGAAGCAAGCGAAUAUGGAAGUCGCAGAGAAUGAACUUCAAUGGGGACCUUGGCUUUUCUACAAAGCAACGAAAUUCGGGACGACUGUGUUAACAGGAUGUGAUUAUGUUGGUGAAUCCUUGGCAUCAUUUUUGGGUAUCACAUCACCAAAAUAUGAAAGUGAAAUUGCAGAAUUUAAACGAAUACAAGCUCAGAACGAGCAAAUUGAACGUGAGAGGGCUGAAAACGCAUCGUGGAUGGAAAAGGAGAAUCUAAACGGUGAAAUCAUCAUAAGUGAAAAGAUUGCAGGUAGCCACGAAAAGUUUUAAUGAAAUGAGUUGUGCGUUAGAGAUAUGAGUAAGAAAACCCAAAAGACUAUUCGGGACCAAUGGUUGAAUUUUCCGAUAAAGAUGCUUUAACACUAUUUUAUUAUAUUUAUUAGAAGAAGCACUUAUUUAAGCAUUUUACAAAUUUGUAUAUUUAAGUUAACUGUAUUCGAUGAUGAAUAAUACAGAACGUUGGUUUUAAUCAGAUGCAA